CAUUACGCCACCUGUCAAUCAAACUGACCAAGCCUUCGCCGAUAAGCCAAUCAGCGAUCGAUAUCUGUUCACACUCCCGGAACGCUUCGGUUCCAUCCAACCUCCGCCAUUUUACUUAGACAAGCUACUUGUCUAGGAUAACUAGCAACGGAUUAAAUUCUAUAGAAAAUAUAUUGAUUUCUGGUAAAUAAAUAUGGUGAAACGCUGCCAAUUGGGUACAUGUAAUUCGGACAGCAGAUAUCCCGACAGACUGAAGGAUGGAAUUUAUUUUAUUCCAUUUCCUAAGCCAAAAAGGAAUUUAGAGAAGUGUCGUCGGUGGAUCAAAUCGUGCGGUCGUCCACACGAUCAGUUAAAUAUCCAAAAAGUUGACGGAAACUAUCAACUUUACGUAUGUUCUAAGCAUUUUCCAGAAGGGAAGCCGACGGAGAGUUUCCCAGAUCCAGUGCAGGCCAGUUUUUCGGAAAGACUACUCAAGGUGACUCCUGUAAGACGACCACCGAAACGCCGCCCAGAAUCAGAACCUCCAGUAUCAAGGAAAAAGAGAAAUAUACUUUUAGAAAUAUUUUCCAGUGUCAACAAUGAGAAUAUCAAUGAACAGCACAUAGAUAACUCUUCACAGUCAACAAAUGAAUUUUGUGCUGAUGUUUCUGUACAAACCGACUUUCAUCAAGGUAAUUAA